ACUUUAUAGAGCUUUUUUUGUUUUUAAUCUAUACAAAACAAAACAAAAAUACUGAUGAAAAUACAAUUUAGCGCUCAUGCAAAAGGUGCGGGGAAAGUUGAGGAGGGACCAACUGGUGUCUUCCCGCCUGCAAAGAUGGGAGCUGAAGAAAAGGCUUAAAAAAUGGCGGAUGUGGUGGGUGGGUGUGACUUUGUUUCCACACACCAUAUUUAUCUCUUCCUGCUAUCAACCACAUCUUCUUACUACACAAGUUAGAAUAAAUCAAAAGAUAAAAAGCUUUGACCAAUUCCUCCGUAGUUAAGUUACUCAAACCUUUUUCCCCAAUUGGGCAAAUUUGGUUUGUCUCUGUUUGGAAAGCAAAGAGCCGAUCGUUCCAUUGACGUUCUGACAAAAUUGCUGGGACGCGAACAUAUCUGGGUUUUGGGUUAUCUCUCUUGACGACGAUAUCUUAAAAAGGGAGUUUGCCAAUUUUGUUCCAUCACAAACUUUGAGAAAUUAAACAGAGUGCUAACAGAAGAUGGAUACGAAUCCGGCGACCAGCAUACCGGAGGUGAUACUGAGCUCCAGCGGCCGGAGGAUGCCGUUGCUCGGAAUGGGUACGGCGACUUCUCCACUGAUCGGGUCCGGCGCCACCAAGUCCGCCGUCGUCCAAGCAAUUGAGUUGGGUUACCGCCACUUCGACACAGCAACCCUGUACCAGACAGAGGAGCCUCUCGGGGAAGCCAUCGCCGAAGCUCUGUCUCGUGGCUUAAUCCAAUCCCGCGACGAGCUCUUCAUUACCUCGAAGCUUUGGUGCAGCGACGCCCACGCCGAUCUCGUUCUCCUCGCCCUCCAGAAAAGCCUCCACCACCUUCAACUGGAAUAUCUGGAUCUGUAUCUGAUUCACUGGCCAGUGAGCUCGCGCCAGGGAACGUACGAGUUCCCGAUCAAGAAGGAAGAUUUCAUGGCGAUGGACUAUGCAGCCGUGUGGGGAGCAAUGGAGGAGUGCCAGAAUAUGGGGCUCACCAAGAACAUUGGAGUCAGUAAUUUCACCUGCAAAAAGCUCACGGAUCUCCUUGCCCUUGCCAAGAUUCCACCGGCUGUUAAUCAAGUAGAGAUAAACCCACUGUGGCAACAGAAGAAGCUGAGGGAUUUCUGCAAGUCAAACGGGAUCAUUCUGAGUGCGUACGCUCCAUUGGGAGCCAAAGGAACCGUUUGGGGGAGCAACAGGGUCCUUGAAAAUGAAAUCCUUGGAGAAAUUGCCCGUGCCAAAGGGAAAACUGUAGCCCAGGUUUGCCUGAGAUGGGCAUACGAGCAGGAGGUUUGCGUUGUGGUGAAGAGCUUCAACGAGGAGAGAAUGAAGGAGAAUCUUGACAUCUUCAGUUGGGCAUUUUCUGAAGAAGAGAACAAGAAGCUGAGUGAGAUCCCCCAAAGCAGAGGGUGCCAGGGACAGGAUUACAUCUCAGACCAAGGCCCUUUCAAGACCAUCGAGGAGCUCUGGGAUGGGGAAAUCUGAAUCUGGACUUUAGCUUCCUCUUCAUUUUUCUAUUUACCCUUGGCAGAUCAUAUCAGAGUUGAAUCAGUAUCAUUAAUAUGUAGGCUGUUCAUGUAAGAUAUUUCCCAGUAAUUCCACUCCUGGAACUCUGCCCCAGUUGUAACAGUAAAAAUAGCAUGGGAAAAAACUAAACCUGGCU